CGUGCCCGAGUGGGUACAUCUCCUUCUCAUUCUGAUCAAGGUCAAGGCCCAAACUCGAGAUGCAGACCCUGGCCCUCUCUUAAUCCAAGGGGCCUCCUGGUGGGCCACAACACCACCCAUGCUCAAAGCAUCUUGGCAGUCCGGUGUUUUGUGGUUGCAGUCUACUUCCCUGCAAGAGACAUUGAGCUAAAAAGAGGCGUUCCAGCCCAGUUGGUACUACGCCCCCGACUCUGGUUUCUCUUAAUAUCUAACGCUUCCUGCCUCACCUCCGAUCCGGCUUCUCAGUCUUGUCUAUCACAACCACCACACUCGUUCAGUCUCUAUCGUGACUUUCCAUUCAUUUCCGGCUUCUGCCAUUACGAUCCUUCCAGCAUUCCAGCAACCAGCGUUUCUCACGCUCCAACUUCUAUCCUUUUCUAUUAGGAGAAGAAAAAGCUGUGUCGUCGCUCGCUGCCCGACUGGAGGAAUUGACUUCUACGGCCAUUUGAAUCGCAUCGCAAACCGUGUCAAUAGACAAAUCCGAAGCUCCGCAAAACCCAAACCCCCCCAAACCCCAACCACAUCCAAACCACCUCAAUCUUCAAAAUGAAGUCCGUCGUCGCUUCCAUCGGCAUGCUUGCCGCCGUUGCCAACGCCUACAAUUUCCCCCACCCCGCCCACUACCGCCGCGACAACGGUACCGACACCCAGACCACUCUGACCGUCAAGACCACUGUCGUCGAGACCAUCACCAGCUGCGCUCCUACCGUCACCAACUGCCCUGCUCGUGACCACACUGCCAUUGCUCAGCUCCCCGAGUCCGACAAGGUCACCUACGUUGAGACUAACACCGUUAUCCUCACUGAGGUUGUCUGCCCCGUCGCUGACGCCAGCUCUAUCUACACCUCUGUCCUCCACGAUGCUGAGACCGGUGGUGUUACUGGCAAGACCCUCACUGCCCCUUACACCGCUUCCGUCCCCAUGACCACUGGCGGUGCUUACCCUCCCCCUAAGGAGGGCGACAAGACAGUCGUUUCCGACUACACCACCGAGCAGGUUGUCACUCUUACCCAGGGUGACGAGACCAUCACCACCACCGUCCACAAGACUCUCCAGACCACCAUCACCGUCUCUGCUGGCCCUCAGGUCACCGAUGACGGCUCUAAGGGGAACGGUACCCCCGGGGAUGAUACCACCACUACCACUACCAAGACCAAGACUGGCACCGUCACCAAGACCAUUGAGCGCGUCGGUGAGACCAAGCCUGCUUCGGGCGGUGACAACGGCUACAGCACCGGCAAGAGUGAGGAGGAGGGUUCCAAGGGUACUGGCAAUGGAUCCAACAACGGCGGCUCUGGCUCUGGCAAUGGUAACGGCGAGUGUGUCCCUGAGACAGUCACAGUCACCGCCCCUGCCUCCACUGUCUAUGUCACUGUUGUCCCUGAGGCCAGCAAGACUGGUAGCUCUGAUGAUGCUACCGUCACCGACAAGGCUGUCCAUGGUGAUGACUCUGAGGACGACGAUGACGAGGAGGAGUUCUGCGACACCACCACCACCCUCGAGGCUACUGUUACCGUUGUCCCUUACCCUGUCAACGACACUGCCACUGGUGGCUACGCCAAGCCCACUGGCUUCUCCCGCCGUCUCCGAUAAAUGUCUUGAGACAACUCCUACGUAUAUGAAGUCUCAUCUGUACAUUACUCACCAUUUGGUCACUUCUUGGUUAGGCAUCUAGUGGAAGGGGGAACAUCUUUGUAUAGGCCAACUACUCCUGGAUGUAUGACAAUUUACUUUUUUUCUCUUUUUUUCUUGCUGCUUCUUCAAAAUCAAUUCAAUGAGAAUCAUGAACUUUCGUCUUAUCUGGUCCACACAACAAAUACCCUCUCGGGUUACUUGGUCUUGUUCCCUUUUGACUGUAGCACGGAUGGUGUUGGUAUAUGGAAGCGCUUGUAGAUAGAUAGACUUGGGUUAUGCUUAUCUGGAAUGUCGGUUCCAUAGACCCCUUGUCUCAUUGAGUCAUAACAUAUAUACAUCUUGGUUUUUAUACCACACAUGCCUCAUGCAGAUGUAGUUGUAUAGAUGUGAGAAAAUAAGCAAUAAAUAUAUGAACGCAAUGCUCUUCAAUGGCUUUUGGGGAAAAUCUCGUUUCUGGAUAUUAUCUGUACCUGCACUCUGACGCUCAGCU